GUUGAUGUUGUUAGCAUUGUUGCUAAGGAAGUCCGCUAAUGGCAGAACACGAAAACACAUUCGGCUUGCCCGCAUUUGAGCGUUAGAAUCUAGCGAGGAAAGCUGUUGUCUCCGACAGCUCCUGAACGCAGCAUGUGUUGAGACGCGGAGGCUGAGCAGCAUCAGGAGCAGGGGGAUGGACAGAGAACAACAGCAGCCUGUGGGUGACUGACAGGUGGGUCACACCGUGUGUGUAGCCUCGGUGUGGACGGUCAAUGUGUGUUCAUCAUCUCGCUGUGUUGUGCGGCUCCACAGUGGAACAGCAGCGGCCGUGCUGCAGCGCUACAGGUGCACACGCGGCCGUGUCCUUCACAAGAACACAAGGUCUCUGCAGACAGAAGCCAUACUGAAAUCCUCCUUAGCCGAAAACCAUAGAGGAAGUGACAGGGAGGAAGGAUGGACUCUAUCUCUAUGAUGGGUGGAAGCAGGAGCCACAUGUUCCUCACAGCCUCCUCCUCUCAACACGUCCAUCACGCCCAGGCCUGUUUCCUGCCCAACGGCAUUAAGAAUGGAGUUGGAGAUACUGGCACCACUUGUGUGUCUACCCAGCCUACAGUGGCCAUCCUGGGCUCAGGUGACUUCUCCAAGAGCCUGACCAUCCGCCUGCUGCGUCGUGGUUUCCAUGUGGUGGUGGGCAGUCGCCAUCCCAAACUGGCCGCCCAGUCAUUUCCCCAUGUGGUGGACGUGACGCACCAUGAAGACGCUGUGGGGAAGGCCAGUGUCGUGUUCCUGGCAAUCCGCCGUGAGCAUUAUGCUGUUCUGUGGGACCUCAAACAUCUACUGGAAGGAAAGUACCUGGUGGAUGUGAGUAAUAACAGGAGGGUGAACCAGUAUCCAGAGUCGAACGCUGAAUAUCUGGCUUCACUGCUGCCGGACUCUAUAGUGGUCAAAGGCUUCAACGUCAUCUCAGCAUGGGCCAUGCAGCAGAGCUGCCCCAAAGAUGCCAGCACACAGGUAUUCAUCUGCAGUGACUCAGUGGAGGCUCGACGGCAAAUUAUGGAGUUAGCCCGCCAGCUCAACUUCCAGCCUGUGGAUAUGGGCGCCUUGUCUUCUUCAAGGGACAUUGAGAACAUGCCCAUACAAUUAUUUCCUGGUUGGAGGGGCCCAGUCCUAGCUGCUGUGGCCCUCUCUAUCUUCUUUUUUGCCUACUCUUUUGUACGAGAUAUCAUCCACCCAUAUGUGAAAUACAAGCAGAGUGACUUUUACAAGAUCCCCAUUGAGAUAGUCAAUCGGACACUGCCCACUGUUGCUAUCACUCUUUUGGCCCUUGUGUACCUGGCCGGCCAGCUGGCUGCUGCCCACCAGCUCUACUAUGGUACUAAGUACAGACAUUUCCCACAUUGGCUGGAGGGGUGGCUGCAGAGCCGAAAACAGAUGGGCCUCCUCAGCUUCUUUCUGGCUGCUGUCCACGUUCUCUACAGCCUCUGUCUGCCCAUGAGGAGAUCGGAGAGGUACCUGCUGCUCAACACUGCCUACCAGCAGGUCCAUGCUAACGUGGAGAAUGCGUGGAAUGAGGAGGAGGUGUGGAGGGUGGAGAUGUAUGUUUCCUUUGGGAUCAUGAGUCUUGGGCUCCUGUCACUUUUGGCCAUCACCUCCAUUCCAUCCGUCCACAGCAUGCUCAACUGGAGGGAGUUCAGCUUUAUACAGUCCACUCUGGGCUACAUUGCCCUGCUCAUUGCCACCUUCCAUGGCCUGCUGUUUGGCUGGAAGCGGGCCUUUGAGGAGGAGGCCUACCGUUUCUACCUGCCCCCCAGCUUCGUGGUGGCCCUGGCCCUGCCGAUUUGUGUGAUACUGGGAAAGGUGGUGAUUCUGCUUCCCUGUGUUGCCUGCAAGCUCCAUCGGAUCCGCCGGGGAAUGGAUAGCUGUCAGUACCGGUGCCAGCGCCUGGAGCCAGUGGGUUCAGCUGCCCAUGUUUCACCUGAGAGAGUCACCAUCAUGUGAUCAAUGCAGCACAUAGCGAUCUGCUCCUUUACUUAGGUUUCCACACAUACUGCCACAUGCCAUACAAACAAACACUAUUUACUCAUGUGAUGAAAAGGCAAAUUGUUCUCACUUUGUUAUUGUGAACAGUGUUUCCUGACAUGUGAAUUAUGUACUUGUGUGAUUGUGUUCCAGAUGUUUGCCCAAACUGUAAAACUGAAUAUUAUUUCCUUGACCUAUCAAUAUGCUCCAAGUACCUGCCAAUAUUUCACCGACAUUUUCAUUCUGUCCUUUGCCAGACAGUACACUCAGAUACACAUUAGUCAUUAAUGAAAAGGGUAGGACCACAAAUUUUCCACAUAAAGGUAACUUUACUAGUUCUACUCAGCUUAUGAAAGCAAUAGUGUGAACAAGUCUGAGAAAGUAACCCCAAUGAUGUCAUAGGGUGGAGACAUGUGUUUACCAGGCAGGGAUGUUUAAUGAAAAGACACUUCUGAGUCUCUCUUCUGAUCGGGUAACUGUUUUCUGAGUGAUGUAUGGGCCUGUCACAGGUACAACAUCAUAAUCUACAACUGCAGUUUAAUACAACAAAUACACAUGAAUAGCUGGGUUCUUCUGUCUGUGAUCUCCAGAUGCCUAUGUCAUGUUUCCUCCCACAGUUCUAAUGCAGGUCAAGUCAACAAGAAACUCCGAGAAAAUACAUCAGUGUUCAGUAUGUUAGUCCUGUAACAACCUGGUGACCCAACAUGUAUUUCUACUUGGACGUUCACACAUUUCUUUUAAGUAAUGUUUUUCAUUCUUACAGCCUAAAAAAAAAACAAUUCUGGAUCGGAAUAUGUGUAAGUAACUUAGAAGAAAUCAUUAGGGUUUUUUUUGUUUAUUAUCUCAUUCUGCUUAACAUUGUUCUCAUUUUUACAAAGAUGUUACAUAAAACUGUCAAAUGUUUUAAGGUAUUUGUUGAUUGUGCAUUAUCACUAUGUUGUUAAGGUUUUUCUGCCCUUCAUGACUGUGGUACUGUACCAGUGAAUAUUGUGUCUAUCUGUCAUGUUCUAAUCAGUGAGAUCCAUGGCUUUGAUUGACAAUUCAUGUUUGUACACACUGCAGCAGCAGUCUUAAUGGUGAAGAUAUUUUUGUUGCCUGCCAUGUAGCUUAUCUGCCAGUACAAUGGCAUUAGCUCAUACAGUUAGUCAUGCUGCCUUGUCCAAAACAGUGUCAGGGCAACAUCAUCAUACAGGUAAGAUCUGAUCAUUUUCACUGUGUAAGAUGUGUGUGACUUUUCCAUCAGCGCUGUUGGGUGUAAUGCUGAUGAUAAUCUCUUCUGUUCAAUGUGCCCAUCAAUUUGAAUAAAGUAUGUCACCAAAAUA